UUUUUUUUUAUUAUUUUUUUAUCGUAUGAAUCGUGUCCAGAGUUAAAUAUAUGAAGUUGAGAUGAGUUCGAUGAGUUCAAACAACGUAAGACCGCAGCUGCCCUUGCGACAGAUUGAUUUGGAUCAGAUAUGGGGCGACCUCAGGGAAGGCAUCGAGCAAGUAUACACGAGACAGCUUAUGGUUAAGCAAAGAUACAUGGACUUAUAUACGCAUGUAUAUAACUACUGUACGUCAGUUCACCAGCAGAGUUCUAGUUCGAGCGGUUCCAGUCGAACAAGUGGCAAUAGCAAUAGUAGCAGAAAUAGCUAUGGUGGUAAGAAAACGAGUGGACAAGUCCAAGGCGGCGCUCAACUUGUCGGUCUUGAGUUGUACAAGAGGCUACGCGAUUUCCUCAUAUUCUAUCUUAUUAAUUUACUCGAGCAUGGGGUAGAUCUAAUGGGUGAAGAUGUACUGGGCUUCUACACGACACAAUGGGAAGAGUACCAGUUCUCAUCGAGGGUGCUCAACGGAGUGUGCUCAUACCUGAACAGGCAUUGGGUUAAACGUGAGUGCGAAGAGGGUAGGAAGGGUAUCUACGAAAUCUACCAGCUCGCGUUGGUGACUUGGCGCGAUCAUUUGUUCCAACGUUUGAACAAACAAGUGACCAACGCUGUGUUGAAACUCAUCGAGAGAGAGAGAAACGGUGAGACUAUCAACACGAGGCUCGUGUCCGGGGUAAUCAACUGCUACGUAGCCCUCGGUUUAAAUGAAGAGGAGCCUUCAGCCCGUGGCCAGAAUCUGGCGGUCUACAAGGACACCUUCGAAGCUGUGUUCCUGGAAGACACCGAGAGAUUCUAUACGAGAGAGAGUACUGACUUCCUGAGGAACAACCCCGUCACCGAGUAUAUGAUUAAGGCGGAGCAGCGGCUGCAGGAGGAGCAGCGGCGCGUGCAGGUGUACCUGCACGAGACCACCGCCGAGCGCCUGGCCAAGACCUGCGACCGCGUGCUCAUCGAGAAGCACCUCGAGAUCUUCCACGCCGAGUUCCAGAAACUCCUGGACGCCGAGAAGAAUGCCGAUCUCGGUCGGAUGUACAGUCUAGUGGCUCGUAUACCAGACGGUCUCGUAGAACUAAGACGGCUGCUAGAACAACACAUACACACUCAAGGACUGCAUGCCAUCGAUAAGUGUGGCGACUGCGCUCAUACGGAUCCGAAAGUCUACGUGUCAACAAUCCUCGAGGUGCACAAGAAGUAUAACGCUCUGGUGUUGGUCGCUUUCAACAAUGACUCCGGCUUCGUGGCCGCAUUGGACAAGGCCUGUGGAAGGUUUAUUAAUAGUAACGCAGUAACGAAAGCGGCCAACUCAUCAUCGAAAAGUCCGGAACUUUUGGCGAAAUACUGCGAUUUGCUUUUGAAGAAAUCAAGUAAGAAUCCAGAGGAAGCCGAACUUGAGGAUACACUUAACCAAGUUAUGGUGGUAUUCAAGUACAUAGAAGAUAAAGACGUUUUCCAGAAGUUCUACAGCAAAAUGUUGGCUAAACGACUCGUACAACACAUGUCUGCCAGUGACGACGCUGAGGCGUCCAUGAUCUCAAAAUUGAAGCAAGCGUGCGGCUUCGAGUACACAAGCAAGUUACAGAGAAUGUUCCAGGACAUCGGCGUGUCGAAGGACCUGAAUGAGAACUUCCGCAAGCACAUGGCCAGCAGCUCGGAGCAGCCUCUUCACAUUGACUUCAGCAUCCAGGUGCUAUCGUCCGGCUCCUGGCCCUUCCAGCAGUCCUCCAGCUUCCAGCUGCCCACGGAGCUGGAGCGGUCCGUACACAGGUUCACGACGUUCUACUCGUCUCAACAUUCGGGCAGGAAACUGAACUGGCUCUACAACAUGAGUAAGGGGGAACUCGUCACCAACUGCUUUAAGAACAGAUAUACCCUACAAGCAAGCACGUUUCAAAUGGCCGUACUGUUGCAAUACAACGACAACACAUCGUGGAGUGUUCGUCAGCUCGAGCACCACACCGGUAUCAAGGGGGACUUCCUGAUACAGGUGUUACAGAUCUUAUUGAAGGCCAAGUUACUCGUGUGUCAAGACGACGAGUCCGAACUAAUGGAGUCAUCUGUUGUUGAACUGUACACAGGAUAUAAAAACAAAAAGCUCCGCGUGAACAUCAACAUCCCGCUGAAGACGGAGCUGAAGGUGGAGCAGGAGGCCACGCACAAGCACAUCGAGGAGGACCGCAAGAUGCUCAUACAGGCAGCGAUAGUGCGCAUUAUGAAGACUCGCAAGACGCUGAAGCACCAACACCUGGUAGUGGAAGUUCUCAACCAACUGUCGUCGCGGUUCAAGCCCAGAGUGCCCGUCAUUAAGAAAUGCAUCGACAUUUUGAUAGAAAAGGAAUACUUAGAGCGCACCGAAGGAGAGAAGGACACGUACAGCUACUUAGCGUGAUCGCCUCGCCGCAUAAUAAAUGAACUAUAACUAUUAUCUA